AUGGAUAUAGAAUUCAAAUUUACACCUGUAUUAAAGAGUGCAGUUGAUAGAGUCAUCAUUCAUAGUCAAACAUUGGGUAUUGACAAGGAGCAAUUAGCGCUACUCGAAAGUUUCAUAAAGCAUUCAAAACCGGGCAUACCAUAUGCUCUCAUUAAACAAAUAUCAACAUACUUGAAACAAAUAUACAAUACAACAACUAAUAAUACUACCGAGAAUGAAAAGAAACAAGACAACAACAACAAUCCACCAUGUUAUUUACAAGAUUUAUUAAAAGGUUCAACUGUUUACAUUCAACCUAAACCAAUUGUUCAAGAAUCAGCAGAGAUAACAGCAAAGAGAAUAUACUUACAAAACAAAUUAGAGAAUCAAAGAUAUGAUAAGAUGACAAAGAAUGUUGGUGUAAAGCAAGAAGAGGAUCCAAUGGAGUUGGGUGAUUUCCGUUCGCAAUUGUCGAUCGGUGUCAAUAUAUUGGUCACCUUUUUCACAUUGUUGGCAUGUGGUCUGUUUGUUGGUGGCAAGUAUUGGGACAGUUAUCUCAUUGGUCUUGCUUUUGGACUUGGAUGUGGCAUUGCUGGUGUCGCUGUUGAAACAUGGCUCUACGUUAUCAAAUCCACUGAAUCACAAAUGAAAAAGACAAAGGAUGACAAACUAGACGCUAGAAAGAAGUUUAUCGAAAUUAGAAAGAUAACAAGAGAGAUUAAGAAAUCAAAUGAGAAACCUUUAUUAACUGCUGCUGCCGAUUCGCCGUUGGAUGAGCACGCCAUUGCAUUCUCCUAA